UUUUUACUGUGAAUAUUUAUAUAUAAAUAUUCACAGUAAAAUAUAAUAUAUAAUGUAUAUUAUUUAUAAUAUAAUAAUUAUUGCACUGAUUAAUUCAGGGUGCACACGUUUGAGAAAACUGUCUUAAAACUUAAAAUUAAGAAUAAACUUGUUCUAUUUCAGGCUGUAUUUGUUGUAAAGCAUUUUUUCUACACUUUAGAGGUCAUUUCAGUGUUAAAGUAGUAAACUCAACUGAAUCUUUUUCCCACGAUCUGCGUUAGUGCGUGAAAUCCUUUCCUGCGGUCCAGGACUACUAUUCCCAGAAUCCUCAGAUGCCGUAAAUGACGUCAUUCGAAGCAGGAACACCGGCUUACCACUGUCAGCCGUGUGCUUUUGCAAAAAAAAGACUGUUUUUACAGACGUUUGGAGAUACUUCCUCACCGGCAGUGUUGUUGUUGGCGUUUUCACAGUUGGUGGUGAUGACACCGUUACUGUCGCCGUGCGUUGGAGGAAGAGGAAGGAGCUGCUGCUGCUGCUGCUGCUGAUGACAUGCGGUUAGGGAGCUGGCUGACACACGGACGUGAGCUGCUGGUCGACACCGACGGAGUAUCCGGGCUGAGACCAGAGGAAGAUGCCGCGGAGAAAACAGUCCAACCCGCAGCCGGUGAAAUUGGAGUCGGAGGAUGGGCCGGGGGUGUGUGAUCCGGGAUGUCUGGUCCUGGACAGUGACUUCCUGUUGAGUGGAGAGUUGGAGUUUGGAGAUUCGGAGAUCAUCAGACUGGACAGAAACACGGGUAUGACCGUGUUCUCGUUGAGCGUGGAAGAUGUGGACGAUGAGUCAACGGCACCGCCACACUCUGCCUUCCCAUCAUUCCUUUCCUGUAAAGGCUGUGGACAGCUGCUGGGAGCCUCGCCUCUGGGAACAGGAUUGGAUUUAGGUCACCACUUCCCUUUCAGAUUCCCACAACAGGAUGUGGGUCUGGACCUGGGGGCGGAGCUUUACUGUCUGACCUGCGAGGAACGCCUCCAAUGUGCAGUCUCAGUAGACUCCUCCCAGGCGGAGCGUCAAAACCUGUCCAACAGAUUCAUCAGCGGCGCCUCCGAUGGGAAGAGGAGGAGCGGAGGGAAAACCCACAUGGCUCACAAACUGUACUCCUGCUCGCUGUGCGCCUUCACCUCGCGUUACUCCAACCACCUGAAACGCCACAUGAGGAUCCAUGAUGGGCAGAAGCCGUAUCGCUGCCCCGCCUGCCCCUACGCCUCCACGCAGCUGGUUAACCUGCAGCGCCACGCCCGCACCCACACCGGAGAGAAACCCUACGGCUGUCCCCAGUGCAGCUAUGCCUGCGGUUCCCUUGGCAACCUGCGGAGGCACCAGCGCAUGCACGCUCAGGACAGAGCGCAGAGGAGGGAGAAGAAGAGACGAGUGAGGAGGAAAAAGGCAGACAUGGAAGCCCAAGAAGUGGUCUCUAACGUGACACUACGAGUGUCCCGGGAGUCAGGUUUCCUCCAGACCCUGGGGGGUCUGGGGUCUCCGUCGGCCCCACUGCCUGUCCUCCUCUUCCCGUUGUGCUGUCGGAUGUGCGGUCUAACCCUGGAGGAGGUGGACCUGGAGGGGGACAAGGAGGAAAGCGGCGUGGACAUGGACAGGGGACAGGUGUGUCAUCGAUGCUCGUUGGAGCUUCUGGCCAAAGAUGGCGGUGGUUCCGUGUGUGGCUCAGCGGGGUCCCAGCGGGGUCAGCGUAGCGCUAAGUUGUACCGCUGCCCUCGCUGCCCCUUCCUGUCCCGCUACCCCAACCACCUGGCCCGCCACGCCCAUACCCAUUCCAAGGACAAACCGCACGGCUGCCCCCAUUGCUCGUACACGUCCUCCCACCUGGACAACCUCAAGCGCCACCUGCGGGUGCACACGGGGGAGAAGCCAUACCGCUGCGUGUCCUGCAGCUAUGCCUGCGGGAACCUGGCCAACCUGCGGCGCCACGAGCGGAUCCACUCGGGCGCUAAACCCUUCCACUGCAGCGUCUGCGGCUACUCCUGCAACCAGAGCAUGAACCUGAAGAGGCACAUGCUGCGGCACACAGGUGAGAAGCCGUAUGCCUGCAACGAGUGCAGCUACACCACGGGACACUGGGACAACUACAAACGCCACCAGAGGAAACACGGACACAACACGGACACCUGGGACAAGCACAUGCCCAUGGACGGCCUCAGCUGGGGCAAAGACGCCAUGUCCAGCCAGGGUUAGGGUUAGGGAAGGCUAACCAUAACUCUAACUGUAACCCUAGGGAAGGCUAACCCUAACCUGGGUUAGAGUUUGGGUUAGGGUACGUUAGUGUUAACUUACCCCAACCCUAAUCCUGGAAACCACUGCACAGCAUCAGCUUCAGCUGAUUGAUUUAUCUGCCAAACCUUAACCCUAGUCCUGAAGCCCAUCCAUAACACUAUCCCUAGUCCCUAACCCAGUGUUUUUCAACCGUGGGGUCGCCUGGAAUUCAAAUUGGAUCACCUGAAAUUUGUAGUAAUUGAUAAAAAUAAAAACUUACUAAUAAAAAUAUAUAUGUUGAGUUGACAGAGCCGA